GUCACACCCGUUAUAGUUAACGUCACGACAUUAUACUUUUAAAGAGGGAACACAAAUGGACUAGUGGUUGAUGCGGAUGUUUCAGCGGGCGUCCUACUUAAAGAAUGUCUCGCAAGAUACCAGAAACAAUGACCAGGACGGAGGAGCUAUUCCUAAACCGUCCCAAGUUUCAUCAACCGAACUACAAGUAUACCUAUGAAUGCUGCAACAGGUGCAUGCGCGAUAUUCAUGGGACGUCCUACAACUCCACCAGAGAGAUCAUAACACACCAUGGACAAAAUAUGAUGUUCAUAAACCCUUUUGCCAAAAAGUUACAAAUUCCACGCAUCUUGCCCGGAUGCCAGAAGGCUCUAGCCAUGAAAGAAAAAAGCCACAAAAGCUACACUAACCUAAAUCCGUGGAAAACCAGGGAAAGUUCCUGUGGACAGUUAUCACAUCGUCACAGCCUUCCUGGAGAUAUCGAUGAUCUUUCACAGGAGAAUUGGCCAGGACUUGUGACUAAAGUGGGACGAGGCGGCCAUCUCAGCCACUGCGUCGAGUGUCAGGCUAAAAUGAAACUUAAAUUUACAGAAAAGCUGGACACCGCGGAGCUACUGCGGCAGUGUUCUAUACCGUGUAAGAAGAAGAUUCCCCAGUUACCCGAAUGUUGUCUACACAGAGCCGAGUUGGUGGCCACUCACGGCAGAGAAGGUCGUAGUGGAGGAUGCUGGCAUCACGUCAACGAGUGGAUGGACCACGUCGGCAAGGUGGUGGCCGUCAUUGAUGACGCUGACGUGUCCCCACUUGAUAAGAAAGGGGGUAUACUAACGUCUUACAAAGCUCAAGUACCUUAUGGUGAUUAUAAAACGAUUACACACGCUAAUGACAAGGCAAGCAAAGCUCCAGAGAAAGCUGAUCGAUCACUGAUUGGCGUUAUGUAAGCCGGGUAGAGGCAGCAGUAUAGCAGAAUCCAUGACAGACAGGACUCUGCAGCUGUAAUUGGAAUCCAAAGGAAGUUCCAUUUUAACAAAACAAAUAAAUCAAGAUAAACAAUUGUUGUAAUGCAGAACACAUCAGAAACCAGCAACAUAAUUGUUUAGGAAAAUAAAUAAAUAACUAUAUUAAAAA